AUGGCAAGAACAUUUGAUGGUACACGAGAAAUUGAUCCUCCACCUACUAUGCCAACACCUGAUGAAAUUUUGGAACAAUUAGAUGAUGAAAGAUGCAAUGCUAGAACAAAUCGUAAAAGAAAUAGAGUUGUGGGGUCCACUACUGUUAAGGAACACUCAUGGAAGAAACGUAGUAUUUUUUUUAGUUUGCCCUACUGGAAAGAUAAUUUAUUGCGUCAUAAUCUUGAUGUGAUGCACAUUGAAAAAAAUGUGGUGGAUAAUAUUAUUGGCACACUGUUAAAUAUUGAUACGAAAUCAAAAGAUGGCAUACAGGCACGCCUUGACUUACAAGAGAUGGGUUUGAGACCACAACUUCAUCCGGUUAUCACAGCUGCAAACAAGACAUAUUUGCCUCCAGCUAUUUUCACAAUGAGUAACAAAGAGAAAGAAGACUUGUUGAAGGUCGUAAAAAAUGUAAAAGUUCCAGAUGGUUAUUCUUCAAAUGUUUCACGUUGUGUCAAGCUUGAACACCGUACUAUAGUGGGCAUGAAGAGUCAUGAUAGCCAUAUACUGAUGCAACAGCUCCUACCAAUUGCAUUACGUGGGUCAUUACCUAAGAAAGUAAUAGAACCCUUAAUCGAGCUAUCUGGAUUCUUCAGGGGAAUUUGUUCGAAAACGAUGCGGCUUGAAGAUUUGGACCGAUUGGAAUCUAGAAUACCCUACAUAUUGUGCCAAUUAGAAAUGAUAUUUCCGCCAUCAUUUUUCACGGUUAUGGUGCACUUGAUUAUACAUUUAGUUGCAGAAUGUAAACUUGGAGGACCCGUGCAUUAUCGAUGGAUGUAUCCCGUUGAAAGGUACCUACACCGACUUAAGUUUCAUGUGCGUAACAAAGCUGCGCCAGAAGGUUCCAUUGCUGAAGGAUAUUUGUUGGAGGAAUUAAUGACAUUUUGUUCUCGUUAUUUAGAAUCCGGUCAAACGGUCUUCAAUAGACCAUCUAGAAACCCGGAUGAUUCUAAAGGGAAAGUUUUUGACGUUCGCCUCGAUUUUAAGGCGUGGACUCAAGCACAUCGUUAUAUUCUCUUCAACUCUGAUGAUUUCACUCCAUUCCGCAUAAUGCACUUGGAAAUAUUGAGGAAUACAAUUGAUGAUAGGCAUGCAUCGAAUGACGAACUACAGAAGAGGCACCAAGACCAAUUUUGUAAUUGGUUUCAAGACUAUGUAAUGAAAAUGGAUGACAAUGGAAGAAGUGAAUUGGGCCAUAAAGUCGUAAUGCAUUCUAAAGGUCCCAUGCAAGUUGCCAAAGAAUUUAAGCGAAUUGUCAUCAAUGGCACAAAAUAUCGCACUAGGAAUUACGAAAAUGGGAAGAAAACUCAGAAUUGUGGUGUUAGUGUGUGUACUGAAGAUGGCCCUGCUUGGUAUGGCCAAUUAACACGCAUGAUUGAGAUUAUGUAUUAUGAUGGAUCUCGAUAUGUGUUAUUCAAAUGUGAUUGGGCAGACGUUACUAGGGGUAAAGGUUUCAAGGAGGACGAGUUUGGGUUUAGUCUUGUAAAUUUUUCUCACCUAGUGCAUACUGGUAAUCGGAUAACUGAUGAUCCGUUUGUUUUAUCUUCCCAAGUAUCUCAAGUAUAUUAUGUGGCAGAUGAAAGAUGUCCAAAUUGGGUUGUUGUCGUUAAGACAAAACCAAGAGACGUGUAUGACACUGGUGAAGAGGAAGUGACUGACGAGGAUGAGGAUGAAUAUUUAGUCAAUGAAUGUUGUAACACUUCCAACGAUGAAGCUAUUGAACCUGCUACUGACGAUGUUGUGUGGAUGCGAAAUGACAUAGAUGGAAUGACGAUCGAAGCUACUCAAUAG